AUGUCGUAUAAUGGUAUAGGACUUCAAACAGCGAGAGGGACUGGGACUUCAGGACAUGUUCAAAGAAAUAAUGCAUCUAUUAAGGAUUCCACUCAUACUGAUGCUUCUGGUGGAGGGUUGUAUAAAGCCAGACAAUUGAAGAAACAACAACAGGAACAGAAAUCACAACGAGAACAAUUGGGACGUGCAAAAGAUCUUCAACUUCAAGAACAUGCGGUACGACGAGCAAUCGAGGUCCGAUGCAUGGAACUUCGAGAUGAAUUAGAGGAUGAAGAAUUGGAUGAAAGUGAGAUUGAAACUAGAAUAUCCCAGUUACGUGAGAAACUUGAGCGGGAAUCUACAAGAGAUCGAAGUCCAACUAGAAAUUUGAAAGAAGAAGUAAAGGAGGAAGAAGAUCAAGAGACCAAAAUUAAAGAGGUGAAUGAUAGAUAUGAGUACAAGUCACGAUAUGAAACCAAGAGAGGUAGGUAG